AUGACAAAAGGUGGCUUUAUUUUUUGUUUUAUAUUUUUAUUGUACCUAAAGGGUAUUUUAGCUAUUGAUGAGUAUAUUUAUAAUGAAAAGGUAAUUUAUAUUUUACAGUUUUUAUAAUUUUUAUUACUUUUAACGUAUUGUUAGGCUUUAUUGAACUUUUAAGCUUUUCAACUAAAGAAGUCUUCAGAAUAUUCACUUUUAAAUUAAAAAGCUUCAAAUUUAGCCACCAAUCAGCACAUUGAGUAGACUGUCUGUACAGAGAGAUGUGAAGAACACGUCAAUAAACCAGACCAAUUAUGGGUAUGACGAUGGUGAAAGUAUGGUUUUGAAGACGAUUCUGAAGCUUCGUAGUGAGUUGCGGAAGGAUUUUGAGGUAGUUUUGUUUUUGGUAUUUUGAAUUUUAAUUUUUUCUGAUGUUAUUACAUUAAAAUGAAUGCAUUACUUUAACUAUAAAAUACAUAAACUUUAUGAUUUUGACAACGGUGGCGUUCGGCUUGGCCAUUGUUUUGGCACGGCCAAUUUUUUAGCCAUUCCAUCUCGCUUUUCACUAGUCACUAGUUUUACAAUACAAAAAAUUCAUAAACUUCAGAACUCAAGCGUUCAAGGCAGUAUAACAUCUGAGGUCAGGGCGUUGUAUUCAAGUGCACAAUGCCCUUCUGUAACGCUUACCUUUCUCGUGUUUCCGUUAGUCGUACGCUACUUAUGGUGA